UUGCUUUUUAUUGUUUAAACCCCAUUUUUGAAAGGAAAAAUUGGAAUUAAUAAUCCCAACUAUACCCGAUCCGCUUUUAAUAAUCCCAAUUAUUGAUUAUUAUUAGGUGGUCUAAACUAAACCCUGCCUUUUCCCCUAAUGGUCCCCGUGACUGGUUACCGGCUAACAACGUAAAAAAAAAAUUCCAAACGCAGAAGUCAUUCUCAGGCCACUCGAUGACACACAUACGAAGUCUCAUCUGAUGAAAUUGAGUGAUAUCUUAUCUUCUUCCCUCCACUUUGUACGCCACUUCUGAGGAAAAAUUCAAGAGCGUGGUUCAAGUUUCUUAGAGCUUGAUUGCGACCGUAUAGCAGGAAGAAAUGGCUAAUUGUACUGCUGUGACACUUAACAUGUGGCAUGGAGGAACGUUUAGGAAGAAUGAUACAGGACAACUACAAUAUGUUGGGGGACAACGCAGGUGCUUUGAUGUUGAUGCCGAUGAGCUAUGCUGGUUUUGGUUAGAGGAGUUAGCUGGAAAAUGUGGUAAGUAUUCCAGUAUAGAUGACAUCUAUUAUUUGAUUCCGGGUGAAACCUUUGAGAAAGGAUUGAAAAGGGUAAAAUUUGAUGCUGAAGUAAGGGAAAUGUACAAAGUAGUAAUGACAUUUAGAACCAUUGAU